CUUGAAACGGCGCAGGCAUUCCACAACCACGCACGCGGGAAUAGGGCGGGAAACUUGGGCUGAUUCAAAUCUCUAUCGCAUUCACCUAUCUACGAGACGCGCACAACACGAGCCUCGAGGUAACGUAACGCAACUACCACCUGCUGUCAGCCUGGCGGCCUCAUCUUGAGAGCAAAGCCAAUGCCCUUAUUAGAAUACUUAUUCAGCACGUCGUUUCCCCAUCGUGCACAGCCCAGCUACAACAUCCGGAAGUUAAAAGUUGAAAGCUAAAUUCAGAGUCCACGCUGCGAUCGUUAGACUUCUCUGAUCCGGUACGGAGUACUGAGGUGGAGGGUACUCAGUGCUACCUCACAGGAAAAUGGUGGGCGUUCCCGGGCGGUCCAAGGCGUGUCACACGUGCAGGUCGAGAAAGAUCAGGUGCGACGGCGAUCUCCCGAGCUGUCGGAACUGCGUAAAGUCCCGCCGCGUAUGCACCGGUUACCAGCGCAAGCAUGCCUUCAUUCUGUCCAGGGACAUGCCGGGCGACCCUUCAUCCCAGCUCCCCUCGCUGGACGAGUCUGACUCCGGCAAGGUCAUGGUCUCCCGGUGGAGGGCCACAGACCAGGGUAGCAAGCCGCACGUCGCCUUCUCCUCCGCGUCCUCCUCUGCCUCUUCUUCCGUCUCCGCGUCGUCAUCAUCGGGCGCGGUCCGCAGAGCAGGGAGCAAGACCCCCCUCGCCCAGGCUCGAACCUGUCCCCCUCUCCCGCCCGAGAUGUCCGUCCGCAACGUCUUCCGUGAUCGCAUCUUCGCCUUGUUCGCUGAGCACAACCUAUCCGCUACCGAUGCCUCGCUCGAGUCUGCUAGUGAUGCCGUGUGGCAGUCUUUCGGCCAGCGCAGCGACUGGUUGGUGCGCAUACUCAACCUGCCCGAGCUGACACCGAGCCUCGAGGACUCGCUGCUGGCCGCCUGCAUGGCGAUUCUGGGUCGCCGAAUGAACCGCCCAGCCCUUACGCGGGAAAGCCAGCGGCUCUAUGCCAAGGGCCUGUCGGCCAUGCGCCGCGAAGUCAACCGCAAGUCGACCCCGGCCAACGAGCAGAGCCUCGCUGCCUGCCUGACCCUGAUGCUGUACGAGAUCUCCGAGUGCCCCGGCGACUCGCCGAACGGGUACAUGGUGCACUACCGGGGCGCGAUGGAGCUGAUGCGCAUCCGGGGCCCCGCCGCUCACCAGUCCGGACUCGCCCACAGCGUCUUCCAGCUCCUGCGGCUGCACAGCGUCUUUCAGAAUAUCAUCUGGAACAGCACGAACUUCCUCACCCAGCCCGACUGGCGCGACGUGCCCUGGGACCCGCGCCCAGAGAGCAAAGCACCGUUUGACCUUCUCCUAGACAUCCUGCUUGGCCUCCAAGACCUAUCUCUACGGCGCCAGGCGCUAGAGCGAAGGUUGAAGGCCAAGGAGGACCUCCGGCGCACCCUCCUAGACGGCCUCGAGUGCGUCCGUGAAGGUCAGAGGACAGAGGCUGUGCUCGAGGCCUGGUAUGACCGCUUCAAGGCUCUGGCACCCGGCGCGCUGUACCACCCCGAGUUGUCGCAAAUGGACAGCGUGGUCGACAGUCCAGAGACGGGCAAGCUAUUCCCCGUCGUCUUCCGCUUCCCCAACUUCCUUGUCGGCCAGACCAUGAUGUACUACUGGAUCGCUCUGAUGAGCGUGCAAGCCCACUGGUGCUUCACGUACGCCACACUGGCGCAGCUUUCACGGGAGCUCGAUUCCGUGGGUCGGGGCAACCUCGUGUGCACCUGCGCGGGUGUGUUGGAGCCCGUCGUGACGUGCUUGCGGCACUUCGCCAUGCGUCUGCUGCCGCCACUUGGGCACCGAGAGGAGUGGCCCACGGGGCCGGCAUAUCAUGUCUGUCAAAGCAUCGAGUACUUCCUCCUCCGCCACGUGCGGCCGAUUGGCCCAGCGAGCGCGAUCCCCGGCUUGUUGCUGGUCAAGGGGUACUGGUUGUUCGCGCCGGGCGACAUGAGUCGGGAGAUUACGUGGGUCAACGAGAUGUUGUGCCGCGUACGCGCUGGUGGCGGAAGCAUAGCAGGGCCUCUGGUGCGCCUGAGGAUGGAUGGAGGGGGACUGACUAUUGUCGACUAGGUAACUGUACUAGUAGUGCGAUGGCCACACAAUCCCGGUACUCACCGUCGCUCUUCCUCGCUGAAAUUAGUUUGUCGCAAGCGAGGUUCAGUUACUUACCCAGAGAGGUCGGCCGCGAACUCCGGGCCCCCCUCGGUUGCCCAGACCUUAAUGCGAUACCAAGUGUAAUUUUGCUCAGCCG